UCUUUGGUUUUAUAGUUUUCUGUUUAUGGCUAGCCAGCAUGAUCAUUUGUUAGUCAAUCUUUCUUUGAAAUACCUAAGUUUCAUGCAUUUUUUCUUAAUUUCAGUAACAUUUUUCACCUUAUAUUAUGUGUUUAAAUGUGGUUGAGUCAUUUUCCAUGCACAUGCCUCACCAUCAAUUUACUUUUUAUAUUCCACAUUAAAUCAGUCUCCCUUAAAAGUUUAUUCUAAAACUCAAAAAAGUAAUCUGUAUCUUUUACAAUUGCUAUUAGCUCUUCGUACGGUUUAACUAAUUAACUGACUUGCGUUUCAGAGAUAAAGUAGUAACUUUUAUCGCCAAGAAAAAAAGGAAGAACUUGCAAGAGAGGUACUGCCUAUUUUGUAGGAUCAUACUUCAGUGGAAUUAUUGCACACAAAUACUUAUAUUUUGUGAUGAUUUGUAUAGUUAAGGAUUGAGAUUAGUAUAUGCAUGUGCAGAAUGUCAAAAUUGAUUGGUGCAGAAUUGUACAGACCCAUAAAUGAACAGUAGUACAAACAUAGGUCAUGGGUUGCCUCUGUAAUUCUAGCCACCUUAUCAACAAUCAACACUGAUUUUUUUCCCAUUGAUUUUCUAAUCUUUACAUGCUUCUAUCCACUUACAAAGUAGAUUUCAAUCAAAAACUUUCAUGACUUAAUAUGCUUCAACUAGCAAGCUUAUACAGAAAUUUCAAAGUUGAAACAUUCUAUAAGGUUUCUGCACUCCACAAAAUGGUGCAAAAAUGCUACGAAGAAGAUCGACUGCAGGCGCGUCCACAACAUGACUCUGCUCUCAAAACUCUCUCUCCAAAAAUGACAGAGCUACUUGAUGAGUUAGCAAUGGUGGAGAAGGAAAUAAGUCGACUCGAGAAUCAAAUCAUCUUGCUCAAAGCAGAACCAGAACACAACGAACGAGUCCAUACACAACCAGCUUUGCAAGAAUGGGAGCUUGCAAAUCAGAGAAGUGUCCAGCAGGAAGCACCACUUGCACACGAUCCUUGCAACAUCAGCAAGAGGUCUAAUGAGAAGGUGACGUCGUUUGAGAUGAAGGCUCUCCAUUUCAUCACCAAGGCCAUUAAAGGAGACUACAAGCUGAGUGACUUCACCCUCAAUGACAAAGCCAUAAACUCAAAGAGAUUCAAGGAAAACACGGUAAAUGAUCAGAAGCCCUCCAAGAGAGGCCCUUUGCUGAGGCGCCCCUCUCCAUCGAGGCAUCCAACACCAAAGAGGGACCAGGCUCUUGUGAUGUCAACUCCUUUGCAUCCAGAGGAAGACAGCAUCCACAAAUGGUCACCGAACAAGCUAUCUGAGAACAUAAUGAGGUGUCUCAUCUUCAUCUACUUGAGGUUGCUCCAGACGUCUAGAACUGUGGAACUAGAGAAGCCUAUUGCUCGAUCCACAGACUUCUCACUUAGCUUCAGGGCUGAAACAAGCUCGGCUGGCCUUGUCUUCCCAAAAGACUCGCGACAGCAAGAUCCUUAUGGAAUCUUUGAUUCCAAAGAAUCUUUGAUUAGGGAUAUAGGGCCUUACAAGAACUUGGUUAGAUUCACAUCAACCUCCAUGGAUCUCAAAUGCAUUCAGAAUUCUGCCUCCAUUCCUUUGUUCCAGAAAUUGAAGACUUUGAUGGAUGGUCUUGAGAAAGUGGAUUUGAGGUUCUUGAGCCAUAGACAGAAGCUAGCCUUUUGGAUCAACAUGUACAACGCUUGCAUCAUGCAUGGAUAUCUUCAAUAUGGAAUUUCCUCUACAUCUAGCCCUGAGAAGAUGCUAAAACUUAUCAACCAGGCAACUCAUAACAUUGCUGGCAACUCAAUCAACGCUCAAACAAUCGAACGCAGUAUUCUAAGAAAACCAGUUAAUUCACAAGAAAAACUGAUACUUGGUGGUAAAGAGAUGAUGCUUCACGACCUCUACGGCCUCAAAUCCUCGGAUCCAAACAUCAUAUUCGCCUUAUGCUGUGCCACUCAUUCUUCUCCAGCGGUGAAGAUAUACACAGCAGAGGGUGUCACAGGUGAACUACAGCGAUCGAAGCUGGAAUAUCUGCAAGCUUCGAUAGUCGUGACAAGCACCAAAAAAAUAGCACUUCCUGAGCUUCUGCUGCGGAAUAUGUUCGAUUUCGGACAGGAUAUGGGCUCGCUGGUGGAGUGGCUCUGCCAGCAGCUUCCGGCAUCGGGGUCUCUCAGAAAAUCGAUCGUCGAUUGCUUCAAGCAAGUUAACGGCGGCAGGGCGUCGGCCGUGGUGGAGAUGUUGCCUUAUGACUUUGAGUUUCAGUAUUUGUUCUCUGUAUGAUGCUAUAUUCAAGUUUAAUUUUUUUAGCUGAAAGCAAAAAUCUUGUAGGAGUAUCUUUCAAAUAAAAAUGAUUGAUGGUUAGAAAACAUUACUAUUA